AUGAGAUCAGGCACUGCCAUGAAAGAAUUAAGGCUCCGCUUGUAUGUAUGGUUGGAUCUCUUUUUCUGUUCCUACAAGAUCCGCCGUCAUCGGGAGAUACAUAUACUCAGAUUCAAAAAGAGACCUUGUUCUGAUCUAUCUCUACGCCGAUCCACUACCCAGGAGUUCUCCAGGAGUCUUCUCUCCCCUGCACUUGUCAUGUCAGCACAAUAUGCUGCUGCUCAAAACACGCGUCUCCCUUCUAUUAGGAAUCUUGACUUGGGACAAGGUCGUCCCGGACUUCAAGGUUCCCCACCCACAGACGUCGUAAACACCCCUCAGGACCAUCCUACUCGUUAUUCUCACCAAUGGCCUCGUCAAUCCCACUCCGUCCCUCACCAACAACACACUCCUCCUUUGUCAGCUGGCCACGAGGCCACUGUUCCCAAGGUCGAAUAUUCGUCCAAGCACCCUCCUGCAUCCUACCUUCAACCUGGUGUUCCUCUCCAACCUCAAGUCAACUCAAUUUCAAAUUCUCUAACUAUGGGCCCAUCCUCGCGCAACGAAGUCCCUCCGCGAUCGCCCGGUCAAUCAAAACGUACACGAACAAGUUCAGCGAGCAUCCAUGUGCCCCGUGACGUUCGUCCCUCUCACAAUUCGUACACGCAGUAUGCUUCUUACCAGCCCUCACAGCCACCCCCUACCAGUCCUUAUCAUCACAUAACCCAACCCUUGCCGCCUUCUCAUCCCCCGCCCCCUCCUCCCCAUGAUCAGAUUCAUAACCAUCAACCUCCCCAUCCUGCUUAUGCUGCCUAUCAGCAACAAUAUAUCCAUUCCCGCCCGCCGCCCUCUUUACAACACCCUAAUCAUCAGCCACAACCCGCCCCUGCGAAUCCUUAUCCAUCCCCUGGUCCUCCACCCUCGGCCCCGCAACCCCAAGGUCCAUGGGGCCAAACACACCACCACCAACCUCAGCCAUCCCAGCAUCAUGCUCCCCAGCCUUCCCAACAUCUCCCUCCACACCAUCAUCAACUCCAUCCAUUACCUCCCCCCCAACCUCCUCCUCAGCCGCAACAGCAUCAACAGCAGCAGCACAAUUCCCACAUCCAUCCUCACCAACCUCUGCCGUCUCAUGCACACGUAGUCUCUCAUCAUCAACCGCAACCGCCUCAGGUCAUGACUCCGCAACCGCAGCUUCACGCCCAACAACAGCAGGCCCAGCAGCAGCACCAGCAGCAUCAACAGCAGCAGCACCAGCAGCAUGUCAUUCAACAUCAAACGCAACCUCCCUUUUCAAGAACAACCGCAAUCGUCCCAACUAAUAUUGAAACGCGUGCAUCCUACAAUGCUGUCGAACUGGAACGAGUCCCAUCAGCAAGAAAUGACGCUCUUUCUGCAAUCGCGAAGCAUUGUAGUGCCUUGUAUUCAUUUGCAAACCGAUAUGCCCAAGUCCAGUCCAAUAUGCCUCAUGCACAGCCGCCUCAAGAUGAGUUGGCUGAGAUGUCCCAACGAGCGAUUGCCGUCGUUAGACUGCUGGAAGAAUAUCGGCGCAUUAAUUUGCCCGAAGCUGAGAGGGCCAAGCUCCUCAACGACCCUGGUCGCGUCUCUCCUGAUGAUACCCGACUUCCAAAGCGCCCAUGGGAAGAUAUGUCACAAGACGGUGUCACUCCCCUUGCAGAGUCCUCUGGGUUUCCAGAUCAUGCGGGUGCCAACGACAAAGCUCAAACAACAGCGGAACAAGACAUGGAAAUUAUCCGUACGAAACGUGCAACCAGUGCUGCUGGCGCCAAUAAUUCUGCGGGACAGCCCAAAAGCAAAUAUCGGAAGAGGAGUCGGGCUACUCCUCCCGGAAAAUGUCAUUCCUGCAAUAUUAGAGAAACACCUGAAUGGAGGCGAGGUCCGGAUGGGGCGAGGACGUUGUGUAACGCAUGUGGCUUGCAUUAUGCCAAAUUGAUGCGGAAACGGGACAAGGCCAAUGGCAAUGGCAAUGGCGAUUUACCCCGUAUCGAUCUAGAGACCCUGCGCGCUUCAGCUCGAGCGGCUGACGUAUCUGAUAAGACUCAGCCCCGCAAGGGCGUUUCCCGAUCCAAUCAAUCCAUCGAGCCUGCAUCACCCAUGGAGACGGGACAACCUCCCCAACAUCAUCAAGGUUCCUUCCAACUGGUUUCGAUGCUUCCGCAAGAGUCUGCCGUAUCGUCAGAGUCCAUUCACGCACCAACCCAGCCCGCCCACCAAAAUACUGCUCCUCCACCUGGAUCCCUCACCGUGCCACCCCCUCCUUGGGCCACCUCGGUAGCCCCAACUUCAGGACGCGGCUAUGCACCUGAACAUUUACAACAUCAAUCUUUCAUGAGGUCUUCGCAACACCCAUCCUCCACCGCCCACACAUCGCCACGUUAA